UUGUCAUUCAAAAUAACCGAGGAACCAAUACAGCCCUUUCUCCAUCACGACGCAGCUUGAGGGAAUGACUGGGAUGGGACACAUCGUCGUGGUGGAUAAGAUGCUGUCAAACUUGGGUGCUCCGUCGAAACCGGUGACGGAGGGGAGAACAAAAUUCCUACCUCCAUUGACGGCGAGCUAUGCAGCUUUCUAAUGCCACGAUGAUGCUAGCUAGCAAUAGAGGGAAAGAACAAGCUCUGACCUCUGCCAACGACGAGCUACGACGAUGUUGGCGACAGAGGAGAAGAACAAACCAGACCAUCACCAAUGAUUUUGUGCGGGGCUUUGGUUGGUUGGGCUGCAAUCCUGCAAAUUGUUCGUCGUCGUACAGUAUCAUAAGAAGAUCUUGUCCUCGUGGCGUUGCUGCAUGGGAGCUUCAUGAAUGGCCUAAUUCAACACGGAAUUGGAUCAUUGGCAUCGUUCAUUGUUGUUAUCUGUGGAUGACUAAACCUUGCAUGGCAGUGAACGCAAAGAGAAGUGUAGUCAAUGACGUGGAAGUGGACAGAAAUAUUGAAGAUACAUAUGUCGGAGAUUCGAUCCGUAUCUUCUUCAGCAAUCAAAAUCGUUGGUUCUUGGCUCAUGUCACUUGUUGUCCUCAAAUGAUAAUGCAUCCACUCACGUCACCGCUUCCCCAAUGCAGAUAUCACAAUGCAAAAAGACGAACCACUACUUGAUCCUUUCAUAGUAAACUCACUGAACUCCUUUUUAUUAGAUGCGGUGGGAA